UCUGGCGAGAAUGGACCUCACACAUACGCUGUUGCGUACGCCGCUCGAAGAGGACUAUGCUACCGAUGUUCCAGGUGAAGACGCAGCUGCAGCAGAGGUACGGAAGGCUAAAUUGAAAAAGCGAAUUGAAGAUGACGUGGAGGCUUUGGAUCAAAUAGUGAUGAUCGUCAACAACGACGUGUUGAACAAACUCAUUGGUCUGGAGUACGCCAAGGAGGCGAUGGAUACAUUGGUCAAAACGUACCAAAAAGCUGGUACUGCCGCUAUGGUCAAUAUGCGCGACCGUCUGUAUACCAUCAAACACCGGAACCAUGGAAAGCUGUCAGCAAUAUUCGACGAAUACGACCUCAUUAUCCGUGAGUUGGAUAGAAUGGGAUCCAGGAUGACAACCUCAGAAAAGAUGCACGCGUUACUGAUUGCCAUACCGGACAAAUAUCGCCAUGUGAAGGGAGCCCUAAUAGUUUUGUCCAAUGAAGAGCUGUGUCCAAAACCAGUAACCGAGGUGAAACGCAUGUUUUUGGAUGCUGAAGCUGGGGAAGGAGAACGUAAGGAGCAGAAAAACGUAACACUGGAAUCUAAAAAGAAAAUGACGAGAUGUUUUGGUUGCAACGAAUUUGGGCAUUACAAAAACAAAUGA